AUGGCAUUCUCAUCACUCAAUAAACUCUCCUCUGUUUUCUUCAGCCUCUUUGUUCUGCUACAUUUUCAACUCAAUGUUGCUUUUAAUUCUACACAAGAAGCACAAGCUCUUCUCAAAUGGAAAGCCAGCCUUCAAACCCAGAGCCAGUCUAUCCUGUCUUCAUGGACACUUUAUCCUGUUAAUGCUACCAACAAUUCUACUCAACAUGGAAUCAAACUAGCCCAUUGUACUAAUUGGUUUGGAGUUUCUUGUGAUCGUGCUGGAAGCAUCCAUAGAUUAAACCUAUCUGUUUUAGGUUUAAAAGGUACACUUGAUAGAUUUUCAUUCUUAUCGUUUCCUCAUCUUGCAUAUCUUGAUCUUUCCAUUAAUGAACUCUUUGGAGUUAUCUCUUCACAAAUUGGUAAUCUCUCCAAACUAAAGUAUCUUGACUUGUCAACUAAUCAGUUUUUUGGGAAAAUUCCAACUGAAAUUGGUCUCCUAACACAUUUGGAGACCCUCCAUGUGUUUGAGAAUCAAUUAAAUGCUUCAUCAAUUCCUAAAGAAAUAGGCCAACUUAAUUCUCUCAGUGAACUUGCUUUAUAUAGUAACCAUUUGGAAGGUUCAAUUCCUGCUUCUUUGGGAAAUUUGAGUAAACUGUCUUGGUUGGCUCUCUAUAAUAAUUCACUUUCAGGUGUCAUUCCUCCAGAGAUGGGAAACCUCUCUAAUCUCCUUGAACUUUACAUAGAUACCAAUAACUUAACAGGUUCAAUCCCUACUAGUUUUAGCAAACUAAGAAAACUAACCGUGUUGUACAUGUUUUCCAACCAACUUUCUGGUUCCAUUCCUCAAGAAUUAGGAAAUUUGGAAUCUCUCACUAAUUUUAGUCUUCAUAAUAAUAGUCUUUCAGGUUCUAUUCCAGCAUCUCUAGGUGGUUUGAAAAAUCUGAGUAUUCUUCAUUUAUACAGUAAUACACUUUCAGGCUCUAUUCCUAUUGAAAUAGGAAAUCUGAACAAGCUUAUUGAUUUAGAUUUAAGUAGAAAUAUACUCAAUGGUUCUAUUCCUAUUGAAAUAGGAAAUCUGAACAAGCUUAUUGAUUUAGAUUUAAGUAGAAAUAUACUCAAUGGCUCUAUUCCUGAUUCCUUUAAAAAUUUGAGCGAGUUAGAGUUUUUAUCCUUUUAUAAAAAUAAUCUUUCUGGUACUAUUCCCCAAGAAAUUGGGAAUUUCACGAAUUUGUCUAGGUUACAUUUAGACACCAACCACUUUACUGGUCCCUUACCCCAUAAUAUAUGUGCUAGUGGUUCUUUGGAGAGAUUUAGUGUUAGUGACAACAAUUUUUUUGGUCCAAUUCCCAAAGGUUUGAGAAAUUGUACGAGUCUAAGAAGACUCUCUAUGCAAGGAAACCAAUUUGUUGGAAAUAUAUCUGAAGUUUUUGGCACCUAUCCAAAUCUAGAAUUGUUUGAUAUUAGCCAUAAUGAAUUUUAUGGUGAAAUCACAUCAAAUUUGGUUAAGUGUUCAAAUUUAAUCUCCUUAAAGAUGGCAGGGAACAAUAUUGGUGGGAGCAUACCAUUUGAACUUGAAACUUAA